GAGACAAGAUUAAGACCUAAUCCUAAAGUAUCUAUGAAGAAGAAAGUUUCCUAUCAGCAUUCUGGACAUGUAUGGGUUAACUCCUUUCGCCUGUCAAUGGAAUUCCUGUCUUCCAGCUCUCCCUUGAGUAUUCUGAGAAAGACAGAAGACUUAACUAAGGCCAGCAGCUUCAUUUCCAUAUUCUGAUGAUGUUGCUCUUAUCCCCACAGGUCCCUAAAUCCCCAUCAUCAUGAACUGGCACAUGAUCAUCUCAGGGCUUAUUGUAGUAGUGAUCAAAGUUGUUGGAAUGACCUUUUUUCUGCUGUAUUUCCAACAGGUUUUUGGCAAAAGUAAUGAUGGCUUCAUCCCCACGGAGAGCUACGGAACCACUAAUGUGCAAAAUGUCUCACAGAUUUUUGGGAGAAAUGAUGAAAGCAUCAUCCCUACAAGGAGCUAUGGAACAGUUUGUCCCAAAGACUGGGAUUUUCACCAAGGAAGAUGCUUUUUCUUCUCAAUCUCCGAGUCAUUUUGGAAAGAGAGCAGGGAUUAUUGUGCAACACAAGAAUCCACACUGGCGAUUGUCAACACUCCAGAGAAACUGAAGUUUCUUCUGGACAGAGCUGGUGCUGAGACUUACUUUAUUGGUUUGAUACGUCAGCCUGGACAGAAAAAGUGGCGCUGGGUCAACAAUUCUGUGUUCAAUGGCAAUGUUACCAAUCAGGAUCAGAACUUCGACUGUGUCACCAUUGGUCUGACAAAGACAUUUGAUGCCGCAUCAUGUGACGUCAGGAGUCGCUGGAUCUGCGAGAAGACUGCCAAAUGAUCAUAGAUCUCUACAAGAGUGAAUCUUUCCAGAGCCAGCAAAAGAGAUUAGUUAUGACUAAAACCAGGCUAGGAAAUAUAGAGCAUCAAAAACUGCCCAUCUUCCAUAGGUGGAGCUCCCUGAUGAAUCCUCAAAGUCAAUAUGUUACUCCUUUCACAAACAUCUUCAUAUGGUAAAGCUCCUUUUCUGUACCAGGUAUUCCACAAGACCACACUUCCUAUGAGAGGGGACUGGAUUCUAGUUAUCUCCAGUCAGGGCCAGGUUUCUGGAGAUGAAAUUGAUAUGGAAAUGCAGUCUGUUUCUGUAGAGCUGAGCCUUUUGACUAAUCAGCAGAGUUUUGUCUGUUGGCAGAACUAUUUGAUCCUUAGAGAACAUGCCCACACCAUUGAGGAGAAAUUGCUCAUGGAACAGAUAUGAGAACUAUUCGGAAGCACUAUGGGCAGAAGAAUACAAACCUGGCUUCACAACCUCCCCCAUUCCUGAAAGACUCCCAUUCCCAUACUCCAUCUUAGGAGCAGAGGUCCUCCUGAAUUGGGAGAGGACCUCUACAGCAUGACUUGGAACUGAACAAAUAUUGAGGGAAUGAAAGAAAGUUCUGAACAGGACAGAGAUAAACAAGGAGGAUAAGGAAAGAAAUAGGAAGAAAGGGGAAGUGGGAAGGAGGUGGGGGAAGGAGUGAUGGGCAGGAGAGAGAGAGAGACAGGAAGGGCCAGGAAAAACAUUCAAGCUAAAUUCUUUUCAGUUUUUUGAUAAAAGUCUAUUGUGACAUACAUAAUACCUUUUCAUUAGAAGAGAAAAGGCAAAAUUGGAGAUGAGUGGAAAUCGUGAGAGACGAAGCAGAAGUUAAUUUGAUCACAAGGAAAGAAAAGCAGGAAUGAGAUUGAAAACUUCUUGGGCACCUUAACUAUUUUUCACAAGAAGAUACAAACUGCAUAAAGUAUAGGAGAAAAGAGAUGUAUUGGUUGUUUUAAGUAGCAAGAAUUAAACUACAGAGAAGCCUAUUAAAAGGUAAAGGAAUUAAAGCCACUCAAUAAUCAAUUCAUUAUUUUCAAUUAAUAGUAACAUGUACAUGUGUCAUAGUCAAAAUAAAUUGUAAGUUCUGUUAUUACAAUGCUAAGUUAUUUUUUAUAAUUCUAGGUUUCACAUUUGAUGUAUUAGUAUAUUUAUAUUUUUACUGAGACAAUGUAUUGCCUAUUAAAACCUGCUUGAAGAAGGCCACCAGAAACAAUCUAGUAAAUACUGGAAUUACAUUUGUAUCCAAUGA